AUGUCCUGUCACUGCAAAGCGACAACAGCUCUGUCAACUAAAUAACAACAAUAGUCACAACAAACCGGGAGCUCCCUCGCGUACUAACCGUCGGCUCUUUAAUGGCCGAGUAAGGGGGAUGUUUGGCUGAACGACAGCCUUAAAAAUCCGCCACUCAUUUGGUCGCUGCUGUGUAUAGUGAAUGAACAACUAUAUUUGUGUUUCCUGCGAAUGAGAUAGUCAACUUGUACGCGACAACAACAAAGAGACAGCCUGCUUUAGCCUCCAUCUUUAGCAUGCUAGCACGGAGCUAGCUCGUCUGUGAUCAACAGGUGUGUUAAAGUGGACAAGUGGGACUCUGGAUUCAGGACCUGCUUUUAAAACCUCUCCCAGGGAUCUGCACGACGUAAGACCCCAGUGGAUGCUAUGUGGACUUUAAGACCCUCCUGAUAAAGUUAAAGAAGCCGAAGGGUUGGCCGCGAUGGACCUGCGUGGACUCCGACAGCGGUCCUGCUAAAAAAAAAGGAGCGGAUGGAUUAGUGCAAGCUCCACUCCCGCUCGAUUUCUGCUUCCCAUUAGCGGAGCGGCCUACAACUGCCGGACGGACCUCCGGGGCCCAACUGAGCCGCUUCAACAGAACUGAUGCCCAGGCCCGGAAUCUGGUAUAAUGUUUUCAUAACCUGAUGAACAUUAGAGAAAUGGUGAGGAAGAAGAAUCCCCCUAUCCGGAGCGUGGGAGGUGAGGAAGAAGAGGAGGAAGAGGGGAGGAGGUCGGCAGGCGAGGAAGAAGAGGACGACGGCGAGGAGGAAGGGCGAGUGGCAACGGAGGCCGACCGGAUAAGUCGCCCCUCCGAACCCGAGGAGCGCGUCCGAGGAGAUGAGGAGCAGGACGAGGAGGAAGGAGAAAGUGAGUGCAUUUCCUCAUCUCUCUCGCCCUCGUCCGUCGGCACCGAGGAGCGAGGCGGGAGGAGGGGGGGAGGCGGAGGUAGCGGGGGUGAAGGGGGCAGGACUCCGCAAGCAGGACCCAGACCUGAGAGCCAGUCAGACCCUGAGGACGUCAACAAGGCGGGCGACGAGGACGACGAUGGAGACCUCACCUCCACUCGCCCCACUGCGGCACGCCUCCUCCACGCGAGGCAGGACCUGGCCGGCGAGGAGGCGACCAUAGACACGCCUCCGCUCUCCUCCAGCCCCUCCCCCAAACUCCAGGACUUCAAGUGCAACGUGUGCGGUUAUGGUUACUAUGGCAACGACCCCGCCGACCUGGUGAAGCACUUUAGGAAGUAUCACCUCGGCCUGCACAACCGCACACGGCAGGACGCUGCCCUCGACACACACAUCCUGGCUCUCCACAACAUGGCGCCCCCACACACACCUCUAGACUUCCAGGCAGGACACGGACCCAGGAACCAAGCCAAAGAGUCUGGCAAGAGCAGGUCGGAGCUCCACAAUCAGCAGCACAGGACGGUGAUGAUGAACGGCACAUAUGACGUCCAGGUGACGUUGGGCGGCACGCUAAUCGGAAUCGGCCGCAAGACCUCGGAUUGCCAAGGCAACACCAAGUACUUCCGCUGCAAAUUCUGCAACUUUACCUACAUGGGCAGCAAUUCUCUAGAACUGGAGCAACACUUCCUGUCCACGCAUCCCAAUAAAGUCAAAACCCCGCCAGACACCCCCCUGCUCACUAACGACAACCAGAUUAAGGGGAGGAGCCCGAUUGUAGAGGGUUCCGAAAGAGUGGCAGUACGAGCAGAAGAUGACUCUCUUGUCGGGUAUUCUAUCCCGAUCCGGGCUGAUUCGUCGGGUUGGCCGGUGGAGGGCGCACAGGGGGCGUACUACUGGUGCAAGUACUGCAGCUGGAGCUGCGAGUGGACGGGAGGGUCGGCCAAGCUUUUGGAGCACUAUGAGCAACGACAUAGGGCGAACACGGGGAGCCCCAACGACCUCAAUCCUGGAGAAAGAGGAAGGAGAAGGGAAGGAGAGUUAUCCAAAAGUCGCAAGGAUCUGCUGUCUAGCACCAGCCAAGGCGACCCCAACAGCAGCGACACAGAAGCGGUGGUCACCAGCUACAACUGUCAGCUGUGCGACUUCCGCUACUCUAUGGCCCACAGCGCCGACGUGAUCGUCGUGGCGCCAUUGCUGCUGCACUACCAGCACAACCACUCCAUCCACCGCUGCUGCAUCCAGCACUGCAUGUACUGUCCCAGAGGGCUCUGUCAGCCGCAGAAGCACCUAGGCGAGGUGUCCCAUCCCUUUGCUUGCCGGAAGCCCACCUGUUCCAAAUGUUGUGGCAAAUUCCCUGCGUCCACGAACCAGCAUGACACUGGCGGUUUGACCCCUCCUCAACCCAGAAGUGACCCCAGCGUGACCUUUCACCCCUCUAAUCCUGUUGUCUCUCAAGGCGUCACCCAUCUGUGCGACCAGUGCGCCUUCGCCACCGGCGACAUCGACGUGCUGCUCCAGCACUACGACAGCUGUCACAGCCUGAUUAACUUAAAGGGGGCACCGCCACACGUCAAGGCGGAGGAGGAGGCUGGGCUGGACGGCAAGGACGAGGGCCGUGGUGGUGGCGAGAGGGAAUACUCAUGCACAAAGUGCCACUUCAUCACGGAGGUGGAGGAGGAGAUUUUCAGACACUACAGGCGUGUCCACUCGUGUUGCCGCUGCCGACACUGCGACUUCACGGCCCCCGAUUCGUCUGCUCUCCUCGACCAUUUCAACACGGCCCACUGUCACGAAACUCCGCCACCGCUGAGCUCGUUGGCGACGCCGACCCUGACUCUCUCUGCAAACGGCUGCUCGGCACCCUCUACCUUAGCCAUCAAGGAGGAGAGCAAGGGUGAUCUUCGCCUGCUUUAUUCCCUGGCGCCGCCCGAGGGACGCCUGGCUGAGGGUGGCCGGGAGGAGAUGAUAAAAAGUGAGGGCGGCGAAGAGAAAGCGAGAGAGCGGGAGAAAGGCUGGGUGCUCGGGGAGACGAGAGGCGGCGAGCAGGCCCAUGGUCUCCUCUGGGUGCCAAAGGAGCGAAUGGGACCUGAAAGAGGGACGGGAGGCGGGAGCCCCUCGAUUUUCCACUCGCCGCUGUCAGUAUCGUUUAUUUCUGCCAACCACGAAUCCUCGGAGCAUAAACGAGGUGUGGCCUCGCCAAGCAUGGUCUACCUGGGAGAUACCAAGUCCUUUUUGGGAGACGCCAAGCUCUACGGAGGAGGGAGGCGGCCUGGAGGCGGAGCCACCACCACCGCUAUCGGAGGGGAGAAAUUGAGCCAGAUACCCCCUCAGCAGCAAUAUGCAGGAGGAGGCAGUGGAAGUGUGGGAGGACAGGAAGUGAAAGCUGCUAAAGAAGAGUCCCAGUCGCUGUUACGGAGGCGACGAGGCAGCGGGGUCUUUUGUGCCAACUGUCUGACCACCAAGACGUCGCUGUGGAGGAAGAACGCCAACGGGGGCUACGUCUGCAAUGCCUGCGGGCUGUACCAGAAGCUGCACUCGACGCCCAGACCUCUGAACAUCAUCAAGCAGAACAACGGCGAGCAAAUAAUCCGACGGCGGACUCGUAAGCGCCUCAACCCAGACACGAUGCCCCCGGAGAACCCGGCGCCCAAGCAGCAGCGCAUCUCCGGCGAGGAGCGCGUCAACGGCGACGAGGCGGGCGACAGGAGCUGCUCUUCGGUCAAAAGCCAGCAGCCGUCGCCUCGCUCUCGAUCGCCUCGCUCCACGCAGGCUUUCCUCGCCAACCAGACCCUAGAGAUCCACAGACGGAUGCCGCCUCUGCUCCUACCCUCGCAUCCAUCCUCUCUGCUGGCUGAGGGCAACGGGGGCGUCGGCGAGGGCGGCGUGCUGACCAAGAUGGAGGGGAAAGGCGGCGGCAGCUCUGAGAGAGGAAGUCCAAUCGAGAAGUACAUGCGACCAUCCAAACCCUCCAGUUACUCUCCUCCUGGAUCCCCCAUCGAGAAGUACCAGUACCCUCUCUUCCCCUUGCCCCUUCCUCUCACACUCUCCCCAGACUUGACCCCUGAAUCCGACUGGCUCCAAUUCUGGACCAAGUACAAGAUGGCGGCCACCUCCGGCAUGGGCCCUGGAAGCCUCGCCAAUAGUUACCUGGGCGCCAUGGUGACGCCAGUGCAGCAGCAUCAUCAACAGAGCUACACGGUGCCUUACUGCGCCUCCCCUUACUCGCCACUUCCUCCGCCGCCGGCCCCUGCUCACUACCCGGCCCCGCCCCUUCACCCUCAAACGUCCUCCUCGCUAGAAAGCGACGCCCCCUUGGAUCUCGCCACAAGGCAACGCGACGCCACAAACUGCACGGAAAAGAGCACGUGCGAGGAGAAGUCGCGGAAAGGCGAGGAGGACGGGGAGGAGACGGGGGGGUCGAGGGCCACGGCGGAUGCGGCGACGCAGGACGAUCCCAGCAACCGCUGCCUUCAUUGCGGCAUCUACUUUCUGGACGAGGUCAUGUACGCCCUGCACAUGAGUUGCCACGGCGACCAGGGGCCGUACCAGUGCAGCUUCUGCCUGCACACCUGCGCCGACCGCUACGACUUCACCACGCACAUCCAGCGAGGCCUACACAAGGACAGGAAGCCUCAGGACGACCAGGAGGCGGCGGCGGUCGAUGGCGAGGAAAGCGGGGUGAACGCAGACGAGCGAGCUCAAGACACUUCGGCUGAAGACGCUCGGGAGGAGGUCGGCGAGCAGCAGGAAGCGGCGGGGGACGCCGGCGAAGCUAUGGAUGCCGCCCCGGAAGUGGUAGGCGACGCGGCGCUUGAAGCCAUGGAGGCUCAUUAACAACAUGAAUAACAUCAGAUCAAUGAAAACAUCCCAAUGCUGGAAGCACUCAGACUCAAUACAGCUGACCUUUGAACCGCUGCAGGGACAGUCGGGGAGAAUAACUGUGGUCCACUUUUUGUUGAAAUUCUUUUUGAGAGGAGGCAUCGCUCAGACUACUUUUCUCUCUCUCUCUCUCUCUCGGUACAACCGGAUUUAAUCUGGUCCCCCCUGUGCCAAACCAAAUUGAAAGUGGUGCGAGCCAGAACCAAGCAAGAACCACAAAUCAAAGACUAUUCCUGGUUCAGUGUGGACCUGGUUUGCCCAUUCAAGCCAGUUCCAACUGGCUGCCUAAUAAAGCCAGUAGAAACUGGCUGAAACUUGCAGAAUCAAAGCAGUGUAUCCUGGGUAAAAAAAAAAAAAAAAUGGUGCCCUGGAUUGAAGUGUUCCUCGUUUGGAACCAAGUGACUUGUUCUUCUUUUUCUAUUCCUACUUCCUCUGUGCCAUUAUACUAGCGCCGUGCCUGGCUGCCUGCCUGAUAGAACAAUCUAUUAACCUGCUUAACAUUUGUAUCCAGAAACAAUAAUAUUAUUGUUAUAGUAAGAAAACAUGCAAUUUCAUACACUUUUCUUAUAUAAUGUUCUCUUUUGUACAAGGCUUUUUUCAGGACUUGGUGUUGUGUUACAGAAAUGGUACGGGAAAAAAAUAAUAAUAAUAGUGUGUGUGUUUGUAUGAUUGUGUGUAAGGGUCAAAGGGCGCGUCCGUCCACCCCCACCAAACCCCCCCCCCCCGCCCCCCGCCCUCCACGGAUGUAAACAUAAUGAAGGUUUGCUAUUUCAGUCCUCAGGGGUCACACGUGUUGCACACCAGCCUGCCUACAUUUUAUUUUAUUCUUUAACGUAGCUAUCAUCAUGUUCUCAUCACGUUAACUUCUGCAUCGUUUACCGUGCGGCGGCAUCCGUCGGUCACGUCGCGGUUAUUUAAAAGAUGUUUUUCUACUGUUUACAUUGAAAAGUGUUUUUUUUUUUUUUUUCACUUGUUUGACAUAGAAAACAAAUCUGCCUUGCUGCCUUAGUUGCUAGUGAACAAAAAUCAUAGAAAUGAAGGAAAAAGCCUUAGAUUAUUUUUCUAUCCACAAAAGGUGUCCCGCCGAGUGCCUGCUAACUUUUUCUCUACUUAACAUGUUUUUGUCAAAUAACGAUGUCAACUAUUGUAAUCAUCAACACUUAUUUACACCCCGAUUUAGUUAAACGUGCAUUUUUAAUUGGCGAUUAUCGACUGUCGUGACUCUAAGGGACAUCUAUGGCGCCACCCUGAUGGUUGUGGUCAAAAUGCUUUUGAAGACAUCCUUAGUUUUGUCAUCAUCAGACAAUUUAUCAGUAACUUAUGAACAAUUAUUUGCUAAAUUUUGCUUGAUGGCAUGUUUAACCAUUCUUGCUGAAAUGUUACACUCGUGUUUGUCGCUCCCCAAAAGUUCUGCACAACAUUGUGUGUUAAAUUACACUGGGUUGUUUUCAAGUCAAUCACUUGGCUUAAUAACAGCGCCAACAUGCGGUGUGUAGCACUGGCAACACAAUAGGAGUGCAUGUUUUUGCACAUUUUCACUUGUUAGUGCGCAACGGUUCAGGAGUAAAGGUUACAGAUACAACUGAAAGCUGCAAGCAACGUUAAACGGGGCCCUCAGACCCCCGUGCAACUCGCUCAAACAUGAAUGCGUACUUACAGGUACUGACCCAUCCAGCACUUUAAGGUGUCAUCAUCAAAAUCUGAAUUUGUAGAAAUGAGUUAUAAAUAUUAAAAGUAUUGUGGCGAGCCAUCAUAUUAAAGUUUGGCACAAUGCCAUAGGCAAAAUACCUUCGCAAUUUAUAAUCGCCCUUCAGUCCGCUAUAUAUCAUUUUAACUUCAUUUGGUCAAAAUCCCUAGAAUGAGUUUGUUAAAAGUACGACCCCUUUUUUUGGCCUAAAAAUGGCCAAAAAGCACAGCAUCAUUGUUUAUUUUCAAUGAUGGGUUUUUGAAAAUCGUACGUGUGUCCUGUCACAAAUCGUGUAGAUACGUGAAACGGGUGGCAGGUGCUAAUUUUCGAGGGGGCGCUAAGGGGGUGAAAUUUUGUGGUAGGAACCACUAAAAUAUAACAAUAUUCGUCGGACAUUAUGCUCUUGCAAAAUUGGUGUGUUUUCAUGCUUAAGUGCCUCAGGAUUUGCAAUCAAAGUGGGAAAAUAAUAUCACAUGAAACAAUUUCAAUCGGGCCUCUGCUAAAGAUGCACUAAAGACGAACAAUUAGUUGCCAUUCAUGAACAGCCCAUUUACAAGACGGCGGCACUUGCAAAAUCCCACUGACGUCUCUUACGCAAAAGGGCUUUUGUUUACUCGGCUGGAAAUGUGCUGUAUUUUUCGAUUAGCUUAGACUCGUCAUCCCAACAACUUAGUAGAAAAAUGUACUCGAUAACGCUCCCGCAAAAAAAUACUAAAAAAAAUGACACUUUGGUUUGUUGUCAUUUCAAUAGCUAUAUUUAUGUAUGUAUGGUUUUUAAUGCCGGAUGUCCUUCUUGAUGCACCCUUAGCCAUUAAAGGCAGUGUACUAUUACACCACAAGUGGCUUUUUAGUUUUUAAUAAAAAAAUAACUGCUGUUAUGAUUUAUACAGUUUUACACUUCCGAUACGUUUUUGUUUUUUUGUUUUUUUUCAGAAAAAAGUCUGAAGUUUGUCGUUUCUAACAAUGAAAAAAAAAACGCUUUUUAAGAAAAAUAAAAAAUGAAGCUUUUCCAAAUAGUUUUUAAUUUGAGCGCAUUGCUUUUCAUAUGUUGCGGUAGAAAAUGGAUGGAUGCUUUUCAUAUGAGAAAUAGCAAGGGCGUCCCCAGUCAAAUAUAAAAACAGAAAUCAGAUCCUAAACAUCCGAUAUUAGAACUCAGUCUUUUGCUAAUGUCCCCUUUUUGCUAGUUCAGCAGACAGACCACAGAUAAUCUCAAUUUGAGAGCCUUUUAACAGUAUUUACUUUAAAACUUUGUACAAGUGAACAUGCAGAAAUAAAGUAUGUCAAUAGAACUUACAUGACAUCCAAAUUCAGUUAUUUGUGACAGUCCAACAUCAAUGAAACAAAUGUGCUAGCUCGAUGCUAAUUUACAUUGGAAAGGCUAUAUACAUGAUGCUAAUUAGCAUUAGCGAUUUAAACACCUCCGAAUUUGGUAAUGAAAACUACAACCAAGAUACAGUACGUGUUACAAUUGAGCAUGUGAUGUGUAAUAAGUACAAUUCUAACAGUAUGAAUAUUUUGUAAAGAAAAAUACCAGACUAGCACAUUCAAGCUAAUGGCAGAAAGUACUUCCUGACUACGGUAACACACAUAGGAUAAGCUGAAAUUAAUACCUGUAAAUAAGCCAAAUAAGUGUAGGAAAACAAAAUAAAUAGUAUAUUGUCCAUUCAGUCAAUACUCCAGGUUGUAAUAUCGGAAAUGGAAAAAUUGGAUCGAGACACCAGUUGUCUUUAGCCAAACUAGUCUGACAAAUCAUCGCCACGACAGUUUUCGUAUCUAUUUUUGCGGCUUCACUCACAAAAGCACGUUGCCGUGUAAACAAGCAGCCAAGACAACGUAAAUAUGCAUUUUUUUUUUUUUGUCCAUAUCAACGCUAAAAACACAGGCCUGUAAAUGCUUCCCAUGGGUUUGCCACCUGCGUCCUGUCCAAUGCCAUCCCUUUGUUUAUAAAUAAAAGCUUGAUCCCAAAGGUUGCGCUUGAUAUAGCAAAAAAAUAUCACGUUCAACACCCGUAAUUGUAUUCCUCUUAUAUGUGUAGCUUCUCUCCAACCAACAAGAAGCUAACGUGUUGCUUCUUUCCUUUUGUUCUUUCUCCGUCUACAUAUCUCCUUGAGAGGCUGCUAGUGUCGGAAAUAGGAAUGUUUACGUUUUGAAAAUGUAGCAGAGAAAUAAAGUGUUGGUGGGAAGGAAAAACCACAGGGGUUCUUAAAGUCUGCUUUGACUCCUCUCACUCUCUUCUUGCCCGUAAAGUUAGCCUCGAAGCGAAAGGAACGGUUUCCAACAUGAUAGAAUUAGGUACUGACGGGGCUCAUAUAACGUUUACAUUUACGGCCCUUAAGAGUGUGAUUUGUGUGGAGCGACGUCACUGUCACGCCAUUUCAUCACAAAGGUACGACACAAACGUAGCGAGCAUGCAGCUGAUGGUACGCGAGAAAAAGGGAGCUUAAAAGGCCAGUUGGUGCCACACAUGCAUGGGGUAAUGUACAUUUAAUCCAUUUUUACUAUAAUUGUUGUCUCAUUCAGUUGUAUUGUAAUAGAAAACGGGAUUUUGUUGUCUAUUUUAUUGUAUUUUUUAGAUUAUUUUUCUGUCGUGUCUUAUUUUCAUUCUGUUAUCUUCUUGUAUGCUAUUUCAACAACAUAUUUUUAUUUUAUUUUUUUUGGGACCGCCAAGAAAACAUUUGUUACACAGCUAAACUUGAAAAAAUAAUAUUGAUAAUAAUUAAUAAAAGUAACAAAUAUACUGAAGGCUGUUGU